UGUUUCAUUGCCAGGUGUUAAGUUCUCUGAAAGAACCAGGCGGGAGGCAUCUGAGGUAAAGGUUGAACUCAGAGCCCGUGAUCCCACCAGCUCGUCGCCAGUGUUAAGUUCUCUGAAAGAACCAGGCGGGAGGCGUCUGAGGUAAAGUUUAAAAAAGAUGGAAGCCUUUAUCAACCGUACUGGACCCAGUGGAAAUUUGGAACUGCAAAACUGCGAAAGUGAAAAUUUCCUCUAUUUUGCCUAUGGUAGUAACUUGUUGCGGGAAAGAAUAAUGUUAAGAAACUCUUCUGUGGUUUUCCUUACCGUAGCACAAUUACUGGAUUAUAAACUUGCUUUUGGUUCUCAUCAAGGGAAACCAAGUCUCCAGUGGAAAGGAGGUACAGCUACUAUUGUCUAUAGCCCUGGUGAAGAAGUAUGGGGGAUAAUAUGGAAAAUGAAUACUAGUGAUUUAUAUUCUCUGGAUAGACAAGAAGGAGUAGAAAAUGGCAUUUAUAUUCCAAUUGAAGUAACAGUUCGGAUUCAGGAUGGGAAAAUAGUUAAAUGUCGUAGUUAUCAGAUGAAUGACUAUGUCCUUGAUCUUCCUUCUCCACAAUAUAAGAAGGUCAUCUGUAUGGGUGCAAAACAGAAUGAAUUGCCAGUGGAUUAUCAAAAGAAAUUAAAUUCUAUAGAGACUAACAACUAUGCAGGAUCUGUACCAGUGUUGGAGGAAAUUGAAGCUGCUCUCAAUGCAUCAGGGAAACAAAAUAAUGAAGAUCAAUUUUAGUAUAACUUGCUUUUACUGUGUUGGAAUCUUGUGUGUCUAUUUAUCUUAUAUUACAAUAGCCUAGAUAUAGUUCAGGAAUGUCAAAACUGCAGCCCGUAGGCCAGAUGCAUCACGCGCUAGCUACGCCCAUGCCAUUUAGUGAAGAGGAAAAGUCAUGAUACAUCACGUGAUGAUUCCAUGAUGAUGCAAGUUUGACAUCCCUGAUAUAGUUAAUGUCAAAAUAACUGGAGGAUACUAUAUACACUACAAGGUAUAAGAUGAUCCUUGAUUAUUGUUUACCUUUACGUUUUUCUGUUUCUGUAUUUCUGCAAUAAAUUGACACUGGAAAUGAUUUCCAAAUUGUUUCUGCACCAGUUCAAUCCAGUUUACAGGUGGAUUGGAUAUUACAGGUAGCCCUUGUCUAACAACUCUGAGUUCAGAAAACAAAGUUACAAUAGCACUGAACUAAUACUUGUUAUGGCCAUCCUUGUUAUGGCCAUUGUAGCACUCCUAUCAUCAUGUAAUCAAAAUUUGGGCAUUUGGCAACCCACCCACAUUUCUUUCUUUCUUUAUUUUUAAUAUAUUCUUUAUUUUUAUUUUUAUUUUAAAUAUACAUCCACAUUAUGUGUGAACAUAGUUGGUUCUGAGUAUCAUUCGUGUUAAUUCAAUUCACAAUAACAAUAUUAGUAAACUCUAUCACAUUUAUCAAAUUUAAGUAAUCCUCAUUAUAUUGUUCAAACAUACAUAAACAAGAAAUGCCUAACUCCUCAUCUUUAUCUCUAUCUCCAUCAAUGUCUUUCUUGUUCAAUCUAAACAUUUUUCUAUUAUAUAUGAACAAAUUUGACUAGGUAUCAUUCAUAUUGACACAAUUCAUGCUAACAUUGUUAAUCUAUUGCAUUUAUAAAAUUUAUUUAAUCAUAUUAUUUAAUCCUACAUAAAAGGAGAAUGUCUAACGUCACAUCUUCUCAUUUUUGCUUGGAUUCUUAUCCAUUUUUUCAUAUUAAUCCAAUUCACAAUAACAGUAUUAGUAAUCUCUAUCACAUUUAUCAAAUUUAUGUAAUCCUCGUUAUAUUGUUCAAACAUACAUAAACAAAAACUGCCUAACUCUUCAUCUUUGUUUCUAUCUUCAUCUAUAUCUCUAUUGUUGAAUCUAAACAUUUUUCUAUUAUAUAUGAACAAAUUUGAUCUUCCUUAUAUUAUUUAAAAGUACACAAAAGAAAAAUGCCUAACAUCUGGAAACUUCUUUCUAUUGUUUUUAUUCAUUCUAUAAACAAUUUAUAGUCUAAUAUUUCCCCUAAUUUUAUUUCUGCUUCUUUCAGCUUACAAUCAGGCUACUUUAAUGUUUAAAUGUCAAUUCUUUCUAUCCAUCAUCUCUUCUCUUUAGUGCUUCAAUUCUUAUCCAUUUUUAAUUCGCCUCCCACACUUCUCAUCUUUAUCAUCUUUAUAUCUCUUUUUUGUUCAAUCUAAACAUUUCUCCCAAUACAAUCUUGUGCUGUCAAUUCCCCCAGCUAUCUGCCCAUAUCCCAAUCUUCUUAUCAAAGGUAUCUUCCUGAUUCUUGGAUUGUUGAUUUGUCUGUUUUAUUUUCUUCAAACUUUCUUCCUUUGUCAACCCUUCUUUUGCCACAGUCCUUGAUUUAUUUGUUGAUGUGGCCAAUCCAUCUGUUCUUUCUACUCCUCUUGUUUAUCAUUUAUCUGGUGGUCCUCUUCAUCAAACUGCAACUUAAUUUGCUGAUUUUUCUGAUCCAUAUUUUUUUCCCUGUUCAUGUUCCAUUUGUUGGCUUAAAUGAUCCAUUUCAUUCAAUCUUUCUGUUGCUUCCACCAGUUCAUGGGCAAUAUAGUCUUUGUUCCUUGUUCUUUGCAAAAUGUUUUCCAUUUUCUUAUCUGAACCAUUGACUGAAUUCAUAAUAUUUUGUAACAGCAAGAUCAUCUCAUUAAGAAAUACUCUCAUUUCCUCAGCUGUUCCUUCAACUCCAGUCAUAAUAGUGAUGAGUAGAAUAAACAAUUACACCUCAAUCAAAUUCAGAGAAUCCAAAACCCUAGAAGUAUGGCUUAUUAAAUGAGGUUCUCCUGUCAAAUUUCCAUACUGCCUUUUUUCCAGCGGAUAUUUUUCAUUCAAUCUCCAUUUCUUUCAAAACUAGGUCAAUUGUUUAAAUGGGCCACUUCCAGCAUUUACUCAAUACUUUGAUAGUCCAAGAUAUUUUCCAAGUUUUUAAAGUCUACUCUGUGGUUUUAGUCUUUUAUUCUGGCUUCACAGCAUCUCUUUUAUAAAAUGUCUUUCUUAUUUCUGCUUCAGUAAGCAUAAGGCAAUAAAUAGCUAGAAAUCACAGUGACCAAAUAUCAAGUAUUUUCUCCUCUGUAAAUUUCCAGGAGUCUAGGAGUCACUUUUCCUUUCGUCAGUAGAUGGCGGUCUCAGCUUACUUUUCAGCAUAGAUCUCUUUAAAAAUAUUUUUUUCCACCUAACUAGUUAUAUUUUUACAGUCUCUUCUCUAGGAUUUUUUUUAAUCCUUGGGGUAAUUUCUAAAGAAAAAGGAAUCAUCUCACCCAGCAACACAGUCUCUCUUCCCUGCUUUCUUCGCUCUUGCACUUUCUUAGAUGUUCUGGCUACCCCCAGCUUCAUGGCGGACAUGUUGACUUCCGCUGCUCCUCGUUUUUGGAUGAGGGGGAAUGUCAGUCUCUACUUUCCUUGCUUGCUAUUGGCUGCCAUAGAAACAGAGAGGG